AUGAAGAUAACGAACAGUAAUCAAUCUCACGUCCAUGAAAACAAUACAAACAAAAGAACAAGAACUUGUGAAAACAUCCCAUUUGAGAUCAGGCGCCAUGGAGGGGUCGUUUUGAAUACAGAAGAAAAGAAACAAAAAUUACUGGAAGAGUUAAAAGAGCGAAUCGGAAAGAAGACUGGUGCACCAUUGACUGUGGCUGUUAUUGGGACACCUGGGUCUGGAAAAUCCUCCUUCAUUAACACCAUGAUAACUAGCAUAACUGGAAACUACCGAAAAUGGAGAAGAACAGCAGAUUUUGGGGGACUACCAGUUACACAAAGCGGGAAUCGGAUAUCAAGGGAGAAAUACUUAUAUUCUGCCGACAAAUCACUUCGGGAGUAUGAUUUUCCAGACUUUGUUGAAAUAGCCGGGUUUCAGAAUACAAAUGAUGAAAUGACAUAUGAGCUGCUUGACCUUUUAUUUUAUGGAAGAAUUCCGUCCAAUGUCCAUCUUGCUAAUGUAGCAGGGGAAAUCAGACGACACGGAAAAUGGUUUACGGAUAAGAUGUAUCCCGAAACACCAGAAUGCAAAAAGUUCGACAGAGUUAUUUUUGUUGCUUCAGCUGCAGAUCGAAAUUUACCAGUACAACUUAUGCAGGCGGUAUCAAGAGUACUCUACAAAAAAAGAGAUAUCCCAGUAUUUGGUGUCUUUACAAAAAAAGAUCUGGAAGUACAGGAAAGAGAAUCCGAAGACUUUGAAAAGUUAUUUAGAACAACUCUUGGAUUGUCUCAACUGGACUAUCUUCACUGCACAAACUACUGCGAUGACAACAUAAAAGAAAUAAGAGAGAGAAAUAUGACACAUUAUCCGGAAUUAGACAUCCCGGUGCUAAAGUUCCUUAUACAGGUCUUGGACCCCAUUGCUGAGUGUACUGAUCUUCAGAGAAAUAUUGGAAUUUCAAAGAAAAGUCUAGAGUGGAAAGAAAUCUAUUUGGAACUUAAAAAGCUACAGGCUGAGAUCCAAACCUUCCAUCAAAAACUAAACAACACAGAGAAUGAAAUUCAAAAGAUGCAAAGUAAUUCUACUUCGAGUAGGAAGAGAACUGAGAAUAAGAUCAUUGAAGUUAAGGAACAACGUAACUCUUUUGGAAAACUUCCCUUUGUGUUUUUACUCUACAUGACUUUUGCCCUGCUUAUCUGGAUAGACAAUAAGAAUGUCAUUUGCAGAAUAAAUAUAGAAAAAACAAAAACCCUUAGUAAUGUACCAGGGGUUGUAUACUUUAAUCGUCAUCAGUUGUAUCAUCUAAAGAGUUUAUCAAAUUCCUUUUUGGGCGAUCGAAAGUUUUCCCUCAUCAGAGAAGAAAAAGACUUAUCUGAAAUAAAUUCAAAGCUUGUUUUCAUUUUCAUCAACUUCAAUGACCUUGAUAUUAUUCUGGAAGCGGAAAAUGAUAUAAGUCAAUUAAAGAAAUGUGCUGUUGAGGUUGUAGAAAAUGCAGGAGUUCUUCACUCCAAAUGUUUGGACAAAGUGUUGAAUAAAAAUAUAUCUGAGCUUGAAAGGGAAAUCAUGCUCCGGAUAUCUGGUGAGAGUGACAGCAUUGUUGACGAUUUCUUGGAGGAAAAUGUUCUCUCUGUGGAUGACCAUGAAGAAAUAUCAACCGAGAUAAAGAAAUCCAAGGCUGCGAAUUUGCUUCUAAAAAAUAUAUCAAGCAAAUUACCCAGAUCAUUCCUUAAACUGCUUUCAAUCCUCAAAGAACAUAAAAUAAACGACCUUGGUGAUCGUCUUUUGAAGGACAUAGACAAGACUGAUUGGGGGACAACAGAAAAGGAAGAAUUAAAAGUUGAGUUUAUAGGUGGCGAUAUGCAUUUUUCUCUCAUAGCGCCAAAAACAGAAAUAAAGAAAAUCAAAAUGAUAAUCUCAGGUGAUGAUGGAAAUGAAAGAGUGUUUGAGAAAGUGAUAAAAGAAAUCCCAAACUCUGAGGAAAUGAUUGCUCAAAGAACACAUUGUACUUUUGCGAAAACAUCAUUAGGAUCAAUUACUACUAUUCUGCGAAUAGAGACUUCCUACGCCAUGUCAAAAUUAAAACAAUUCAUAGAAAGCGAGGGUAUUUCCCUAUUAUUGACGCAAAUAUUUGAAUCAAAGGAUGUUCGAGCAAUUUUGGGGAAAAGAAAGUGCAACAUUGAAGUUCAGAUUAGAGAAGUGCAAGAAACAACAGAUACAACAUGUGAUGAAUUUCAGUCGACCGAUUCUCAAGCAUCUGAAUCUACGUACAGGUCGCGUUUGGAGAGAUGUAAAAACUUCCUUUUGGAAGAACUAGAGCCAAGAUGCUUACUUAAGGAAAAAGAAGUUGCCGAUAUUUUUGGUCCGGUUUUUAAAAAGUUCAGCCAGCCAGAGUUGAGAACGACAAAAGCUGAAGUCUUCUUGGAGUAUCUAAAAAAUCAGUCUGAGAAAGAAAUUGAAGUUGUUUUAAAAACACUUAAAGAGAAAAACAAGUAUAUUUAUGACCAGCUGUUUCCAGAAACAACAAAAUAUCAGGAUAUUGACAUUAAUCAAGUCAAAGGAAAUAUUUUGGACAACUUACGUGAGCUAUUGGAUACAGUGAAUAUUCGUUCAAUCCAGACCCCUCUGUUGAGUGCUGGGAUGAUAUCUCCAGAAGAACUGGAAAUUAUUUACAAGAGCAGUAAAAGUUGUAGGAUAGAAACUUUGCGAUUUCUUAAAUUGAUUUUACAUAGAGGAGAAGAAGCAAUGAAAGUUUUCCUCUCAGCUCUGGAAAUUUUCUGUGGAGAAUGUAAAGCUCAAAAUCUUCUACAGCUAAGGAGUGUCCAAAAGACAAAUAUCAAUGAAAGAGGGCACGCAAAGAUUGAUUACAAAGCCUUCAAUGAAGAAAGUGGAUUGAUGUUUAAAGGAAAUUUCAUGCUAGAGCUCAUUAGAAAAGUCGACAGCAAGAAAGAAGACAAGAAUGUUUGUACUGAAGACAAAAGCCCAACAAAGGAUUCGUAUUUGGAAACAAUCGUUCAGGGAAAUUUGACUGAGUCCGUAAAAGCGGUGGCCGCGGUAUUGGUAGUGGCUCUCAUUCCUUGGUCGGUCGUGGGAUUUGUUAUUGGCCGGUUUGUUGGCUGGGUGGCUAGGUCUAGACGGGUGGCUUGGCAAAGUCUGGAGUUUGGCUCUGUGGUCAUGUAA